ACUUCCGGCCGCCGCCAUGGGCUCAGCGGGGCGGCUCGGCGGGGUGGUGGCGCUGGUGACAGGCGGCGGCAGCGGCAUCGGCCGCGCCGUGUGUGUCCGUCUGGCGCGGGAUGGCGCCCGCGUGGCCGUGGCCGACCGCGAUGGGGGUUGGGCGGGGGAGGUGAGGGAGGGGCUGUCCCCAACGCCCCCCCCCCUCCACGCCGCCUUCGCCGUCGACGUGGCCUCCCAGGACAGCGUGGACGCCAUGGUGGCGCGCGUGCAGGACCACUUUGGGACCCCCCCCUCCAUCUGUGUGACGUGCGCCGGUGUGACCCGCGAUGAGUUCCUGCUGCGUCUGCCCCACAACCACUUCGAUGAGGUGCUCAGCGUCAACCUGAAGGGCACGUUCCUGGUGACGCAGGCGGUGGCGCGGGCGAUGGUGGCGGUGGGAGCAGCCCGGGGGUCCAUCGUCCACGUGGGCAGCAUUGUGGGCAAGGUGGGCAACGUGGGCCAGGCCAACUACGCGGCCUCCAAAUCCGGCGUGGAGGGGCUGAUGAGGAGCUGCGCCAAAGAGCUGGGCAGGUUUGGGAUCCGCUGUAAUGCGGUGCUGCCCGGAUUCAUCCGCACCCCAAUGACUGCCAGGGUGCCCAGCAAAGUGAUAGGGAAGUUUGCAGCGCUGGUGCCAAUGGGACGUCUGGGACAGCCAGAGGAGGUGGCGGACGUCUGUGCCUUCCUGGCGUCAGAGGACAGCGCGUACAUCACCGGUGCCAGCGUGGAGGUGACAGCCCUGCUUCGUGAGCGCCUCACUUCCCAACCGAACCACCUGAUUGGCUCACUCACUGAUUGCAGCCGCGCCACGUGAUUGGCUCAGGCUCCCUAACCGCGCCUCCUGAUUGGUCGCCAGACAUGCAGUAGGCGGGAC